AUGCGGAGCCACGAUUUGGGCAUUGACGAGGCUCAGGUCCCCGGAACGGUUUUGCUCGUUGAUGUUGGGCAUACCGCCGGCACUCUGCAUGCUACCAAGCAAAACGACAUUGUCCUCAUCCCAACGCCAUCAACUGAUGUAAACGACCCUUUGAAUUGGUCGCCAUGGCGGAAGCGCCAGCACCUCAUGUGCCUGAUUGCCUACACUAUGUUCAACGGCAUGGCAUUGUCCGUCGUGUAUUCACUCUUGGUUCCGCUGUCCACGGCUUUGGAUGUUAGCGUUGGCAAUCUCAAUGAAGGAACGGGAUACAUGUUCUUGUUAUGCGGCUGGGGCCUGCUUUUCUGGCAGCCGUUUGCCCUCCAAUAUGGCAAACGACUGACAUACCUUCUGUCCAUGCUGGGCAUCGUUGCCGUCUCCGUUUGGAGUCCAUAUGCCAAAGGCCAGGGCCAAUGGAUUGCCCGCAACAUCAUCGCCGGCUUUGUUGCCGCACCCAUCGAAGCUCUACCAGAAACGUCCAUUACGGACAUUUACUUUGCCCAUGAGCGAGGCACUUACAUGGGAUGGUAUGCGUGGAUUCUAGCUACUUCCAAUUACUUUGCGCCAGUCAUCUGCGGCUUCAUCAACGACAGCAUGGGCUUCAAAUGGCCCUUUUACUUCAUGGCCAUAUUCGGCGGAGGCUGCUUCGUCUUCCUAUUCUUGUUCCUCGAAGAGACAAACUAUGAUCGUCAGCCGUUGGAAAUCAUCUACGCCGAAGAUACUCACAAAGGGUCGGGUGAAAAGACAGCCUCAUCAUCACCAGGGGCGGCGACUGGCAACGAGAGUGACGAGGCAGCUCUUCCCCAGGACAAUGUCAAUAGUGUCAUGCUCCAAGGCAGUGAGAAAACUUAUUGGCAGAAGCUCGCCCUGCUUGAUAAACCGCGGCCGUUCUUGAUGCAUAGGCGCGCGUGGCAGAUUCUCCGAUUGAUUGCCUGGCCUGUCGUUUUCUAUUCAGGGUUUUCGUACGGCACGUAUCUCGUCUGGUUCAAUAUCUUGAACGCAACAUCAUCCGUUGUCCUCGGUGGCGCGCCGUACAACUUCAAGCCAAGUAUCGUUGGUCUGAGCUAUCUGGCCUGUGUCGUAGGCGUUAUUCUUGGGUCUGCUUACAGUGGCAUCGUCUCAGACUGGUUCGUCAUCAAGCUUGCGCGACGUAAUCGUGGCAUUUUCGAGCCCGAGCAACGUCUUUGGCUUUUCGCAUUGACGACGAUACUGGUGCCGGCUUGUCAGAUCCUCUGGGGUGUCGGGGCCGCCCAUCAUGUCCAUUGGUUUGGACUUAUAGUUGCCAUGUGCAUACUCGCAGCGUGCAACACAGCUGGCAUAACCUUGUCCAUUGCAUACCUUGUUGAUUCGUACCGAGAAGUGUCGGGAGAUGCGUUGGCAUCAUGCAUAAUUAUUCGCAACACAAUGAGCUUUGCUAUAAACUAUGGCAUUACGCCUUGGCUGGAUGGCCUGGGAUUGCAGAAUUGCUUCAUCAGCGUUGCAUUUAUUGCGCUGGCCAUCUGUGCCAUAUUCCUGCCAUUUAUCUGGUUCGGCAAAAGGCUUCGUAACUUGAAACGAGAGAGUUAUUGGCGAGAGGUCAAGCUUAGGAGAGAAUAA